GGACAAAUCGGCGCUACAACCGUGGCCUUUGGUUAAAACCUUGAAAAUACUUGAACUUUUCUCAAUUGAAAGAUGUCAAACCCUUCCUUUCUUCGCAGUGUCGCCCUGAAGUACCGACAUUUCUAGCUGGAAUUGGACGUAGAGGGUGCACCUUUGCGCAGAGACCGGUUUCAAUGCUGAGAGGCUCCUCUGGGUGCACAAAGACAGCGGCUCGCAGACGAACUUGUUCAGAGUGAACCGGGGACGCUGGGAGGCGAAAUAAACAAACCUCCGGACACGAAGUAGCCGCGACCGCGUAGUUUCACCUCGUCAAACACACGAUCCCACCACCCAUCCAACGUUCACAAGGCUGCAGGAGUGUGCUGGAGCAGAAGGCCCCUCUUGAAGACAUGGUGAAGGUCCAGAAGUCCACCAGGAGGAAGAGCGCCCACUGUCUCCGCAGACUGGAGAGGGCUGCUGGUCAGACAGAGAUGGAGGAAGUCCCGCUCCAGCCAGCCCCCCAGCACCCACCACCGGAGGAGCCCCGAGGAGGAGAGCAGUCCACCGAUCAAGCCCAACUCCAGACCUCCGCUCCGCCUGAGGCGCCGUCGGAGAACUCGGACCAGACGGAGACUCCGAUGGAAGUCCAGGACAAGGACGACACCGCGGCCCAGCUCCAGGCCAAGCCUCUGUGGAAGCCCAUCCCCCCUCUGCUGCCCGAGUCGCACGGGAGCGGCACCGGCACGACCAGGGACCAGAUCUGCCAGACCGAGGCCAGCGGUGGUCAUAACACAGGUCUCUGUGUGGAGCCCGGAGAUCCUCCUCUGCUCCAGCAGCCGCUACAGACCUCCAAAUCUGGCAUUCAGCAGAUAAUUGAAUGCUUCCGCUCAGGCACCAGCCAGCUGAAGCACAUGCUGCUGAAGGAGGUGGACACCAUCUUUGAGUGCAAACUGUGUCGCAGUCUGUUCAGAGGCCUGCCCAACCUCAUCACUCACAAAGAGUACUACUGCCUGUCACAGCUGCCUGAGCCCGACGGUUCAUCGGGGGAUGACAGACAGAGCGCAGCCAUGAAGGAUUUAUUGGAAGCCAUAUAUCCCAGAGUCCCGGACUACGUGGUCCGCCUGGAGCCCAUUCAGACCACCAACAAGGCCGUGUUCCAGUACCUCUCCACAGAGGAGGAGCUGGCUAGAUUCCCAUCGCACACACCCAGUGCCAGAGAGAGUCCGGUAGCGUGGGAAGGAGAAUCGGCGGAGGGCGUGGACAACAACCAGCCGAGCCAGCUCGGAGGGCCAGAGAGCCACAGCAGCCUGGGACAGAAGAAAGGGGAGGCCGAGGAGGAGGCCAACGAGGAGCAGCCACAGCCUGAGGACGAGGCGUCCACGAGUGGGGUUGAGGAUGUGACGAUCUCCUGUUGUCUCUGCGGUCAGGACUUUAACUCGCGCCGCAGCAUCCGACGUCACUGCCGCAAAAUGCACCAGAGCAAACUCGAAGAGCUCCGGAAGUUCACAGAGACGCGCACAGUUCCCACAAGCCUGCUCUCUAUGGUGAAAGGCCGGCCAAGGACUCUGAGCACCCCCACUGGAAAGUCCUGCCCGGUGUGUUUCAAAUCCUUCGCCACCAAAGCCAACGUACGUCGUCAUUUCGACGAGGUGCAUCGCGGCCUACGGAGGGACGCCAUCACACCCAACAUCGCCUCGCGGCCUGGCCAGCCCUUCUCUCUGGAGGCCACACCCCCCAGGAAGAGCAACAAUUCCUCUCCAACACGCAGCAGCAACUCCAAGACCACCCCCGUGACCCCUAAGACAACGCCUUCGAACCAAACCCCGUCCAAACCACAGAGUCAGCCCCCUGCCUCUCCACAGGCGACCCCGGCCUCGUGUCGCUGCACGGUCUGCAAGAGGAACUACAGCUCUCAGCUCAUGUUGAAGAGGCACAUGCGUAUUGUCCACAAAAUAUUCAGCAUGAAAAGUAACAAGCCCGCGACCACGCCAGCCCCCUCUACUCCGGCAGCCACUCCUAGCAGUAGCGACGCUAGCGUAGGCCCAAGCAACAAUGUCCGCGUGAAAGAGGAGGCAGUCGAACCCUCAGAUGAAGACGAGGAGGAUGAGAAGGAGGAAGAGGAAGAGGAAGAGGAAGAGGAAGAGGAGGCCGAAAGCAGUCCGGCCCCGUCUCCUAGCGAGAGCCCCGUGCCGGCUAAAUCUGUUCCCGUGGCACAGACCGCUCCGAAGGUGAAGGUAGAGGAGGCCCCGUUGAGCCCAAAGAUGACGGCGUCCGUACCUUCAUCAUCCUUGCGUGGCAACAACACGUCCGCCGGGGGCGGGCUCGCAAAAACAACCAAACUGUCAGUGGGUUUCGACUUCAAGCAGCUCUUCUGCAAACUGUGCAAGCGGCAGUUCAGCUCCCGCCAGAACCUAACCAAGCACAUCGAGCUGCACACGGACGGUAACGACAUCUUCAUUAAGUUCUACCGCUGCCCCCUCUGUCGCUACGAGUCGCGCCGCAAACGCGACGUCCUGCGUCACGUGACGGUGGUCCACAAGAAGUCGUCCGCGUACCUCGGCAAGAUCAUGCCCAAACUGGAGAGCCGGGCGGUGAAGAGGUUAGCCGAGGUCGUCCUCAGCACUCCGACCCCCAACAAGAGGCCAGGCGGCGUCAAAGAGGAAGUGAAUGGGCGUCACGCUUCUUCGUCGUCCUCCUCCCCUCCUUCGCCUCCUGUCACUCGCAAGCAAGAGUGCUCCACAGCGGCGCCCACCACCUCGUCAGCUUCCUCCUCCUCUUCCUCCUCCUCCACUUCCUCUUCCUCCGUCCAGCCUGCUGCCCCCGUCACUCGGAAGCAGCAGGACGUCUCAUCGCCAGCGUUGGCCCCGUCCCCUCCUGUCACCCGUAAGCAGGAGAGGCAGCAGACCCACCAGCCUCGCCCCCUCAGCCCCCCGCUGACCCGCCGCAGUGAGAAACACACACACCAACGCAACUCCUCCUCCACCGUCCCGCCCAGCAGCCACACCCCACACACCCGGCGGCAUGACGCCCCGUCAGAGAGCAGCGGCACGGGGUCGUCGUCCUCCACGGAAGUCCGAGUCACCAAGAAUUUCUCCCUCCACGCCUGUGACCAGUGUGGACGGGCCUUUGCCAAGAAGCUGUACCUGGAGUCUCACAAGCGAAGUCAUCGCAACGCGGUGACGGCGGCCGCCAGCAGGAGGAAAGGAGUCAGCACCCGCUCCAAAUCCCUGGUCUGGUGAAGCACACACACACCUCAGCUGGGGAUAAUGGACCAGCUAGCCUCUAACAAUGAAGAAGCCAAUCAAAACUGAUGGACGAACGGAAGGAGCACAGAGCAGAGAUGAAAGAAACAAACAGAAGGAGUACGAUACAGGAGUGAAGUACAACGGAUUUCCACCUUUUGCUUCAGAACCAAAUAUAUUGUUGGUAUCGGACAUUUUCUUUUUUUUUUUGUAUAGUUUAAUUUUGAAGCCAGCCAGCUUGCUGGACGGUCGCGCUGCUAUCCACAGAGAGACUGUUGUGAAUAGAAGACUCACUGCUACUGUAUACAGUAUAUAUUUACCUACGACGGCAUGUGUAUAGAUCCAAAGGCAGGUGGCUGAUUUGUAGUGUGUGUGUGUGUGUGUGUGUGUGUGUGUGUGUGUGUGUGUGUGUGUGUGUGUGUGUGUGUGUGUGUGUGUGUGUGUGUGUGUGAGAUCAGAACUGGAUCGUGACCUCCACAGAAAAUCGACUGGAAACCUAAUUGUUGAAUUUUUUUUCUUUUUUUGGAGAAAGCAGAACUUGAUUGGACCGUUGCAUUCCCAAACAGAUACACAAAACAUAUGUGGGUCCUUGGCCACUUUUCUGUAUGCUCACAACUUCUAUAGUGUUUUUAGGGUGUUAGGGAUACAUUCAAGACCACUUGCUCAACAUUAUGUUUGACCAACAGAUAAUAUGUUUUUUCCCCUCCUUCAUUUCCCGCUGACAGUCGGAGGACAGUUGUGAUCUGCUGUCAGUGUUUCCACCUCUGCGGCUUCAGAAGGCUGCUCGCCUUUAUCUUCUCGUGUAAGUGUUUCUACUGAGAAGCAAACUGAUCAAAAGUCCACUUGUAAUAUUCUUCAUGCCUGCAGUCAAUAGUCUGAUUUUGUUAUAUCUGCUCUGUAGUGACCAAAAGCAACUGGAGUGAAUCGUUUAUUAUUUACAGGGAGUAGUUGAGUUAAAGGAAACCCCAAAGUAUAUUUUUCCCUUAAAAAUUGUGUGUUCGCUUAGAAAGAAAUCCUCUGAUCGACCCUGUUUUCUCUCCAUAUAUUAACAGAUGGCAUAAAGUAUGAAGGUAUGAAACAAAACAAGGCCACACAGUUAUGAUUUAACAUUUUUACAAAUGCACAGUAGAUGAAAUCACAUUAAUUAUAUUAUCUUAUAAUAUAACAGCUCAGUUUGACUGCUACCUCUAAGGUGCACUAACAUGGUCAAAACAUUCACACUAUCAAAUUGGCACCAUUAUUACCCCCCCCACAUGCAGAGAUGUGUUAACGUGUGAGACUCUAAUUGACAGGGAGCAGAAAAUAUGGGAUUGCACAAAAAUAUCAAUUAGUAAUCUGUGUUUGAAUGCAUAUUUUUUCGCGGUCAGGUUGCUGUUGGUGUUGCAGUAACAGCCGUGGAAACCAUUAACUGGAAGUAUUUGUUUUCUCUGUUCAACGAAAUAUCGACCGCGGUCAUCUUGCUUGUCACGAAGCAGGAAGCUGACCCCGAGGCGACACGUCUCUCCGCUGUAGUGCCUAUGAGCAGCAGGUGUUCGGGUGCUAAUCCUCCUUAUUUACAAAGGGCCAAAACAGCAGGGAGGCUGUCACACGAGGCCCUGCUAAGCUCAACAGUUCUGUUAUCAAAAGGUAAAAGUUUACAUUGAACUUCUUUGUUCCAUUCACAACAAUUGUACUCAAACUUAAAAGAGGGGGGGGGGGGGCUGCAUUUGUUUGAUGACAGCGACGGGUACCCCGAGGUAGUCUUUGAAACACUGGCACAAGCGUGAUCGAGGAAGACCAAAUGUAGAUAUAUCUUAAUGUUCAAAGAGAAAAGCCAUGAAAUGGAACAAAAGCAGAAAAAGGAAAGGAAAGACCAAACUUUAUUUUUUAUAAGUGAAAGCGCUACUGCGACACGGUCUUGAGAACAUGUAUAUAUGGAUUAUAAAUAAUAGUUCUAAUAGUCACACUAGUUAUUGACUUGUACUUAACCGUCGGUUGCCCAUAUGCUUCUGACGUGUCCGACUAGUUGAUGCUCCGCCGCCGGUUAAUGCCGAGGCAGGUUUGCGUCGUUCCACGAUUAGUUGUCUUUGUUUGCGUCGCAUUCCCUUGUUUUUCAAGGAGGUUUUUUGUUGUUGUUGGAACGUGCGAAGAGAAUUCAAACCGUAGGAGACUCUUUGUUUUGUUUUGUUUUUAAAUCUCGUCAUUUCUUUUCCUCAUCGGCUGUAAUGUGUUCUUAAGCUCACCUUCUAGAGAAGCCUUUCAGAUGUGACAAGAAUGUUGAAAAGCAACCACUCAAUGAAUAAAUAUGUACUGCUUCAAACCUCACCGGGGAGUUUUUGUUUUUUCACGAGUCAUAUACUUCAAUCGAUCAUGUUUGUUUACUGCUUGUGCAGAGAGGGGAUUUCAUUUGCCUUCUCAGGAAUUAUUUUUUUGAGAUUUUUAAUUUCACAUCCCCAAAAAUAAGUUGUGAACCCGCUGACCCGUGAUGGUCCACACAAAGUGCUAUACAGCCUGUAUGCUGUAGUUUGAUAUAAUUCAUCACAUUGUAAUGAUUGUUAUUAUGAACUGAUCAUAUUUUUAGUGUGCUAUUGUUUUUGUAAAUUAUGAAUUAUUAAACUGUCAGAUAAAGCAGUAAAAUGUACACAAUUUCCCUCUGAAAUGUAGUGAAGUAGAAGUACUAUUAGGUAGCAUUAAUUGGAAGUACUUAGAGUACAAGUACCUCCAAACUGUACUACAGUACAUGUAUAAGUUACAUUCUUCAACCGCCGAUUUACCUGUUCAUAAAAAAGAAAAGAUUCCAAAUUCUCUGACGUGCCACAAAGGUCAUUAUUGGGUGUUGUUUUUUUUCUUCUGUUGCAAUAACGCAACUAUUGCCGCGAGAUGGCGCCAUUGCUCCGCGUGCCUCCCCCCCUCCUCCAUCCGCCGCAGCGGCGAAGCCCCAAAUUGGACGUGUUGCGCACAUCUUCCCCCGUUGUCACACGAGAGAACACCCGGGUCUGUUUCGAUUGCUUGGUUUCUCACACCACACAGCUUAUCAAAUUGUUAUUACACAGCAGAUGGGAUGCGGUUCAUAUAUUUAAUUCCAUUCACCACAAAGGGCCACGGCGCUAUGGUUUUACAAGGGGGGG